ACGUCAAUCCCAGAGGUAUGCUCGCCAACGUUUCAAGCAGUAACAGUGAGCCUACCUGUCACCUCGUCAAACGCAUAUGAUAUUCUCUUAUGACGAAAAGGAGACCACGUAGAUUGUACUAUCAUCUAUGGUGUGUUCGCAAUCGCGCCACCAAACAUUCUGAAGAGCUCUUCAAGAUAAUUCAAGUCAAUGUUUUCUAUUAUGACGACCUCGUUCUCAGUGUGCAAGUCAUGCGCUAUCAGAUUCCUUACAACCUUGAUAAUCAUGUGCUAUUACAUUUGGCACUAUAAUAUCGCGUCACCCUGCGCUAUUGCGAGAGACACUCAUUACGAUUGCGCAUAUUCAUGGUGGACUGACGGCGGCGGAAUGCUGCUUGGCAAUGAUCGCACACAUGAGACGUGUAUGUCGUCAGUCGGUGCCUGCGUGCCGUCGGGUGCACUUUCUUGGCUCGCAAUGGCAGGGCCGACAACCAACUCUACCAAGAACACAACCCAUACCGUCGUCGGGAGGCCUUUCCUGUAUGUGUGGGCUUGAUCUCAGCCUUAUUGCACUAUCAUUCUGAUGACUUAGUUAAUGUGCUGGUUCGCCCAGGAUGUACGGCACGAUGCUUGCUCAGACGGCUUCCUAUUAGAGCAACCGCUGAGGGACUGACUAGAUUGAAAGCCUC